AUGCACGCAACAGCAACGUGCGACCCGACUUUGCGAUUCCGACGACAUCGGGGAUCCGACUUGACGAUUCAGGCCAGUGGCCGAGGCGAUAAAUAUUUGGUUCAUAAGAUGCCGUCUUCUAGUAAACGCCCGCGACACCACUCCUCUGAUGAUUCUUCGCCGGAAUCCGCUUCCGAUUACAAGCGCCGUAGCCGUAGCCGUCGCCGGGAUCAGGAAAGCGAUUCAGAUGGGCCAUCCAAGCGCAGGAGUAGUAGAAGGAUAACGGAUGAAGAAAUUGCCGAGUACAUGGCUAAGAAGGCCCAGAAAAAGGCGUUGAAAGCGGCUAAGAAAUUGAAGGCGCAGACUGUCUCGGGAUAUUCCAAUGAUUCGAAUCCCUUUGGAGAUUCUAAUCUCAAUGAAAAAUUUGUUUGGAGGAAGAAAAUUGAGCGUGACGUUUCACAAGGCGUACCUCUUGACGAGUUCUCCGUGAAAGCAGAGAAGAAGCGGCAGAGAGAACGAAUGGCUGAAAUCGAGAAGGUUAAAAAGAGAAGAGAGGAGCGAGCUAUUGAGAAAGCACAACGUGAGGAAGAAAUGGCACUUUUGGCAAGAGAUCGUGCCCGAGCUGAGUUCCAAGACUGGGAGAAGAAAGAGGAAGAGUUUCAUUUUGACCAAAGCAAAGUUAGGUCAGAGAUCCGGUUACGCGAAGGUCGUACUAAACCGAUUGAUAUACUCACUAAACAUCUAGAUCCUUCAGAUGAUUUUGAAGUAGAGAUAAACGAACCGUACAUGGUGUUUAAGGGGUUGACUGUAAAAGAAAUGGAAGAGCUUCAUGAUGACAUAAAGUUGCACCUUGAUCUAGACAGGGCUACUCCUACACACAUAAAAUAUUGGGAGGCCCUUCUAGUAGUUUCUGAAUGGGAACUAGCUGAAGCUAGGAAAAAAGAUGCAUCAGAACGUGCCAGGGUGCGCGGGGAGCAAUUACCUCCAGAGAUGAUUGGUCAGGAAAGAGGUUUGCAUUCAAGCGUUGAAGCAGAUGUUAGAAAUCUUUUACAAGGAAAAACUUUUGGUGAACUAGAAGCCCUGCAAUCCCAGAUUGAAUCGCAAAUGCGAUCUGGGACUGCCAAGGUUGUCGAAUACUGGGAGGCAAUCCUCAAACGCCUCCACAUAUACAAAGCAAAGGCUUGUUUGAAAGAAAUCCAUGCCAAAAUGCUUCGGACGCGUUUGGAGCGUUUAGAGACUACACAAUCUGAAGGUGAAAAUAACAAGGAUGAAUUGACAGUAGAACUUGAUGAGAAGGAUUCCGAUCAAGAAAUAGAGGGGUCGAUUUCUCCAAUGCCUUUAAUGGAAGCAGAGGUCUCUGAUGAAGAAGAAUUAGUUGGAUCAUACUCUCCACUGCAGCUGCAUGGUGAUGAAAAUGAAGAAAAUGCAAUUGACCCUGAAGAGGAUAAGGCUAUUUUGGAGAGGAGACGAAAUGCUGUAUUAGAAGAGAGACGAAUUCAAGAACUUUCGUUGAGGCCGACGGCUCAUCCUGAAGAUAACUUUGAGAAAAGUGCUAUGAAAUCCAUGGGAGCCAUGGAGGAAGGUGAUGUUGUAUAUUGGUGGCAUGAUAAAUAUCGGCCAAGAAAGCCCAAGUAUUUCAACCGUGUCCACACGGGCUAUGAGUGGAACAAGUACAACCAAACGCAUUAUGAUCACGACAAUCCACCUCCCAAAAUCGUUCAGGGAUACAAGUUCAACAUUUUCUACCCAGAUUUGGUUGACAAGUCCAAAGCUCCUAUUUACACCAUUGAGAAGGAUGGGGAUAGUUCAGAGACUUGCAUAAUUAGAUUCCACGCCGGGCCCCCGUAUGAGGACAUCGCUUUCCGCAUUGUCAAUAAAGAAUGGGAGUACUCGCACAAAAAGGGAUUUAAAUGUACAUUUGAGCGUGGGAUAUUACAUGUCUACUUCAACUUCAAACGCUAUCGUUAUCGCCGGUGAUUCUCGUACGGAGUAAGUAGUGCUCUACCUUUGGACACAACUGUUGGCACCAGUCCUGAGAUUUUUAGCCUUACUUAAUUUUGGGCGUUUAGUAGUUAUUUAACUGUUUAGUAGUUAUCCAUCUAUAACCCUAAAUGUUUAUAGUAAUGGUGUAAUACUGUAGCCCUCUCAGGUGGUACCCUUACUGUGAUAUGGAUGUGUACUGGUAUCGUGGUGUUUGGUGAAACAUUAAACUUCAUUUUCUCAUGUAUGUAGAUUGAUUAAUAGUUGAUUUUUCGAGUGUAUUAAGGAUUUUUUCUAGCAGAAGUAUGGAUGUGAAUAUAUCCAAUUCAAAAUGAAAUGUUUGCUGCGUAUUUGAUCUAUCAAUAGAGUUAGAA